AUGAUCACAGUUGGUCUUGUUCGUUACAUCUACAUCACGAGCCGUAUUCUAGCCCUCUAUGCAGUAUCCGAAUUUGGAGAUUUGAGCUGUGCCCAAUCAAUUUUCGACCGGAUUCCAAUGCCCACCAUCUUCAAUUGGAACACCAUAAUCAAAGGCUACUCCAAAAGCCCUGAACCCAAAAAGGGUCUCUCGAUUUAUACGCGUAUGAGAAGCGAAGGAGUCCAGCCCAAUAUGCAUACUUUCCCUGUCUUGAUUAAGGCCUGUGUUAACUUAUCUUCGCUUGCUCAAGUUCAUGGGCAAAUAGUAAAGUUCCGGUUUGAUCCUGAUGUUUACGUGGUCAGUUCUCUGUUGAAUGUGUAUUCCAAGUAUGGUGCAAUUGAUCUUGCUCGUCAAGUGUUUGAUGAAACGCCGAAUAGAAAUGUUGUCUGCUGGACGAGCCUCAUUUCUGGGCAUUGUGGUGAUGGACGAAUGGGUGAAGCUAGGGAACUUUUCGACCGGAUGCCUGAGAGAAACGAUGUUGCUUGGAGUGCCAUGAUUUCAGGGUAUGUUCAGAAUGAUUUCUUCAACGAAGCAAUUGAGUUGUUCCAUGAGUUGAAGGUUUGUUCUAAUGUGAAGCCCAAUCGCUCUCUUUUGGUGAGUAUUCUCAAUGCUUGUGCUGGUGUAGGUGCUUUCACGGAGGGCAAAUGGGUUCAUUCAUAUAUAGACAGGAAUGGGUUUGAGUAUGGGCUUGAGCUGGGCACUGCACUGAUAGAUUUUUAUGCAAAAUGCGGGUGUAUAGAAAGUUCUAUUGAAGUAUUACAUAAGAUGCCCUGUAAAGAUGUGAUGGCUUGGAGUGCGAUGUUUGUCGGUCUAGCCAUUAAUGGGUAUAACGACUUGGUGUUCAAGCUUUUCGAAGAGAUGGAAGGGAGUGGAACUAAACCCAAUGCUGUAACAUUUAUUGGGAUCCUCACUGCGUGUAAUCAUGGAGGAUUGGUGGAUGAAGGGCGACGAUUUUUUAAAAUGAUGAGCAAGGUGUAUGGCAUCUCUCCAAUAAUUGAGCACUAUGGUUGCAUGGUCGAUCUCUUGGCACGGGCUGGGCAGAUCAAGGAGGCAGAACAAUUGAUCAGUGGUAUGCCCAUGGAGCCAGAUGGGAUCAUAUGGGGGGCUUUGUUUAGUGGGUGCUUGAUGCAUGGCCAUGUAGAGUUAGGGGAAUGUGUAGGGAAGCGUUUGAUUGAAUUGGAGCCUCAUCAUCACGGAAGGUAUGUACUUCUGGCAAAUAUGUAUGCCACCAUGGGUAGAUGGGAAGAUGUGGUGAGGCUAAGGAGAAUGAUGAAAGACAGGGGAGUAACCACAUAUACUGGUUGGAGUUUCAUAGAUAUCAAUGGAGUAGUCCACAAAUUUCAAGUUGAUGACAGGUCUCAUUCUCAGUCAAGAGCAAUUUAUGAACUAUUAAAUCUACUUAAUACAGAACUUAUUACUCUGUGA